UCCUCUCGAAACAACUACAAUCUCAAUGGCGAAUGAGGAGAAAAAACCAUGCUGUAUCAUCGUGGUCGGUAUGGCCGGCUCUGGCAAAACAACGUUCAUGCAACAAUUGAACGCUCAUUUGCAUAGAAAAAACACACCUCCAUACGUUAUGAACCUGGACCCUGCAGUUUACAAACUGCCUUACGAGGCAAACAUUGAUAUUCGAGACACAGUUGCUUAUAAGGAAGUCAUGAAACAAUACAACCUUGGACCUAAUGGUGGCAUUAUGACUUCUCUGAAUCUCUUCGUCACAAAGUUUGAUCAGGUCUUAAACAUCCUUGAAAAACGUGCGCCAUCUGUCGACCACAUUCUCAUUGAUACACCUGGUCAAAUUGAAAUCUUUCAAUGGUCAGCCUCGGGUAGUAUCAUCUGUGACACCCUUGCAAGUUCUUGGCCUACAUGCAUCGCCUACAUCAUCGAUACUCCUCGCUCCACAUCUACAUCUACUUGGAUGUCUUCUAUGUUAUAUGCUUGUUCCAUGCUCUAUAAAACCAAGCUCCCUCUUAUUUUGGUGUACAAUAAAUGCGAUGUGCAAAAUGCAGAUUUUGCUAAAGAAUGGAUGGUAGACUUUGAAGCAUUCCAGCAAGCUAUUCGCAAAGAUGAGGAGGAUAAUGCAGAUGGAAGUACUUCUGGUUACAUGAGCAGUCUUGUAAACAGCAUGUCCUUGAUGCUUGAAGAAUUCUACCGUCACCUGGACUCUGUUCAAUGUUCAGCCGUAACCGGUGAAGGUAUGGACGAUUUCCUUGAGGCUGUGAACAAAAAGGUUGAGGAGUACGAGAAGGAGUACAAGCCCGAAAUUGAACGACUUAAGAAGCUUUCAGAAGAAGAAAAAGAAAAACAAAAGGAGAAACAAUUGUCGUCGCUUAUGAAAGACAUGCAUGUAGCGGACAAGCCUGAUCCUGCAGAAACACUUUCCGACAUUGAAUAUGAAGACAACGGCGAGUUAGUUGAUCCUGAUGAGGACGAAGGAGAAACUAUUAGUGAGGACGUAAAAAACCAAUAUCGCAAGGCUUUUAAUAUUAGUGACAGUGUCUCCAACGAAGAGCUCUUAAAAAUGAUGCAAAGCUAGUAGGUAAUCUCCGGUGAAUAAAAUAUGUUCUUUACUUGACAUAACUUCGAAUAAUGAAAAUCAUGAGCACAACAGCGCCAAUUGCAACACCGGGUCUAACAAUCCAGCGAUGCUGA